AUGAUUCUCGUUAACAACCCUGUGAGCCAAACCCAGAAGGGGGCAGUCGCAGACCACUGGAACUAUUCCACCACAUCUAGCUUUGUCCUCACCAGCCUUUUCAACCACAGUCCAAUGCACCUAUUCCUCUUCAGCAUCGUUGUGUUGAUCUACGUCCUUGCUAUGACAGGUAAUGUGGCCAUGGUCUUUCUGAUCUGGGUGGAUUCAAGGCUCCAUACACCAAUGUACUUCCUGCUCAGUCAACUCUCCUUCCUAGACGUUUUCUUCACCUCAGUCACAGUCCCCAAGAUGAUCGUGGGCUUUCUCUAUGGCUGGACAAGCAUCUCUUUCGGGGGAUGUGGAGCCCAGAUGUUCUUUUUCAUGUUCUUGGGAGCAGCGGAGUGCCUGCUCUUAGCUCUCAUGGCCUAUGACCGCUAUGUCGCUAUUUGUAACCCACUCCGGUACCCAAUACUAAUGAGCAGGCAGAUCUGUUGCCUCAUGGUAAUCACCUCAUGGCUUGGUGGGUCACUUAAUGCUUCCAUCCAGACAAUUCUGACCUUACAGUUUCCCUACUGUGGCUCAAAGAAGAUUGCCCACUUCUUCUGUGAGGUGCCCUCCCUGCUGCAACUUGCCUGUGCUGACACAACUGCUUAUGAAAAAGUGCUAUUUGUUACAGGUGUGGUAGUGCUCCUGGUGCCCAUUGCCUUUAUCACUACCUCCUAUGCUCUGAUCCUGAUUGCUGUGCUUCAGAUGAAGUCAGCUGAGGGGCGCCACAAGGCACUGGCUACAUGCUCCUCCCACCUGACAGUGGUCAACCUUUUUUAUGGACCACUCAUCUAUACCUACAUGUUGCCAUCAUCCUAUCACUCACCAGGACAGGAUGAUGUAGUGUCUGUCUUCUACACAGUCUUCACACCUAUGCUGAACCCUGUCAUCUACAGCCUGAGGAAUAAGGAGGUCUCAGGCGCAAUGAAGAAGGUGAUAAGGAAAUGUAGAGUCACUAGAAAUGUGUAA